AUGACGAAUGAUCGACAACUAUACUCUGUAGACAACGUGGAGGUAUCCGAGCCUAGCAGCGUUGAUAAUAAAUUGGCUUGGCAGACUCAAUUCACAACCGCCCAAUUCCCAAUUCUCGAUCCCCAACAUCAAAGGAAAAAAGAAGAGAAAAUCAAAGCACCUUUCAGACCUCCUCGACACCCACCAGGACCAGCCGACCGAAGUCAGACGCCGAGACCAGGUCAAGAUCAUCACCACUCCCUAGACCAACAUGCAGACGCCCCGAAGAGCACGCGUGUCGGUCGAGGCGGGAGUCCAAAUGGCUUCACUUUAGGGCAUCGAGGACAUAGCAGUCAUCAGCAAGGGUGA